AUGGAUCGGUUUCCGCUCGGUCUUAAAUUGCUCACAUCCGGUUGCGCUACUACAGAGCUUACGUUCUUGCAAAAAUAUCCUGUCAAUUACCCAACAAUGGUACACUUUUACAACUUGGCGCUACUCAUACUUCUGUCGCUCUCAAUUUUUAACAAACCAAUAUCUGUGGUCUCACAACAAGACGAUGAAGAUUAUGAAGAAGAAGAAGAAGAAGAAGAACUGCAAGAGGAAAUCGAUGAGGAGGAUGAACUAGAGAAACGAGAUCACAUACCAGAAAGUCUUUACAGAAAUGGCCCUGAAUAUGAUGCCGGUAUAGAUGAAUUUGUGGAUUUGGUCUAA